CACACCUGUUAUAUAAAUAAGCAUUUUGGUGGAUUUUAAAAUAUUAAAAACAGAGUGAAAUCAAGAAGUGUAGUUUAUUAACACGAUAUUAUGGUUUUAUUACUACUAGUAGUAGUAGAAAAUAUUCUCCAUGUUUUUUUGUUGAUUUAGGUAAAUGAUAUGACUGAUAACUAAGACAACCAACAACCAUAAGAAAUCCCUAGUUGUAAUUGGCGUAAAGUGUCUUUCCUAGGGCACGAUAGACCAAAGUGGUAGCAGAGUUGAGCCUCGAACCCUUAAUCUCUGCGUUACAAACAUGCGCGCUAACUGUGCAACGGCGCCAGACAAACUCACAAACGUAUGUGACGUUCACUCAUUACACAAUACUCAAUUGUUUGGAAAAAAUAUAACGAUAUGUGGCCAUACUUUCCACAAAAACACGUUUUUCAUACAUUUUUAGCUAACGAAAAAAUAAUGAUACAAAAAUAAACCCUGCCGAUUAAAACACAACAACACAAAUUUGUAAAUGAGUUGUGUGGUUACGGUUCGGUUGAGUAAAUUUACGUUGGUGUAUGUUGUGACGUCACAGUAAAGAUUUUUUCGUUUCAAAAGGGAAACAUUUCAUAAAGACGGUGCAGAUUUUGAUUUCUAAUAACAGUUUAGCAGCUAUUUUGUGCAACUCUCCGCUUUUAUUAAAAGUUUAUCGCGCAGCACGAAAAAGAAAUAUACGCGUAAAGCGAUUUUAUUUGAAAAUAACGACAUUUUUACUUUGGUGCACAAUUUUAAAACGGAUAUUAUGUUGUUUGCGACAAUUGAUCGGUAUUUUUGUUGGCAAAGACAAAUUUUCUUAUUAAAAGCAUAAAACAGCUAGAGAUAGAACUAACUUACGAAUUUUUGGCUUCUUUAGUGACCUCAAGUGUAAUUUACUUACGAGACCAGCGGGUGAUACGUUCCCGUUCAAAAUAAGAUUUUACCAUAUUUGCGUAACUACCACCAUAUCUUAACGCGUUUUAAAAUUCGAUAAUAAUUUCAGUAACGUUGCAAAAUUUUAGGACCAGUUAAGAUGGCGGAGGAUGGUUUUAUCUAUGAUGACGUGCAAAAGAAAAAAGUCCUUGCUCAACAGGGGGAGUUGGAUUUUAUUCCGACAAGGAUAAGUUCGUUUCAGCCGGACCCAACUUUAUUACUUACUCCAGAAAAACCUCACACGUUGCUAAAAGUAACCAAGGCAAGCAACCUCGCAGGAGCCAAUACAUCACCUUUGGUGAAAUCAUGCAAAAACAAAGUAAGGUUCAAUAUUCCAAAUGAUGAAGAGAGCAGUGUAUCGACUUCAGAACAAUCCGAAAAUACAUCCACAUCCUCGAAAGAAGAAACUUUAGACUUCAGCACAAAUGCUGCUUUGUAUACUCAACGCAACCCAUUAGCUGAUAUAACAAUUGGUUCUGGACAGACAUUUGAUUCUACAACAAGUGAAAGCACGUCUACAUCACUGUUCUCCAGUUCAAAUGAUCAGUUUACGCUUGAGGACUCGCAAGAGUCUUCUACAUCAGUUAUACGCGAUAUGAAAGGUAAAACUGUACGACUGAAUCAAGAAUCUUUACAAGUUAAUCAAGACACACCAUCUGGCUUAAACAAGUUAGGUAUGAAAAUUGGGAAAAAAUCCCGCUCGCCUUUAUUAGGCCACAGAAAAACAACACCUGUGCAAGUUAAAAUUGACCAACUUACUCAGAGAAAGGAGUUACCUCCCAUCACCAUUCAAUCCACUUCAAUGUCAAGUGAUGUCAGUGUCCCAAAUGUCAAGCCUUAUUUAAAGAAAAAGUCUGGUUUAAUGAGGCAUGAGCAUGCAUCCAGAUGUGUGAACUUGGAAGAAAAAAGCAACCCCUUGGAAAAGUCAAAGUAUCAUUCAUCUUUAGUUGCUGGACAAGAGUUGCAGAAACUACAAGAAGAAGAAUUCGAUGCAGUAACAGCAGUUAAGAAAAAGCUUGAAGAUGAUAAAAAUUUAAGGGCCCACAUAUCCACACAAGCAGCUACAGGCACAAAUAUAGACCCUGAUGAGGUUUUGUAUAAUAACCUUGUUAGCUUGGAUGUCUCAUCAGGUGAUAUAGCUGCAACCACACAGUUCCGAAGAAUUAAACGUCCUUCAUUUACAAAGUUGGGUCCUUCAGAAGAAAUACAAAUAAUGGAUUUGUUUCCACCGGAUUUGAUUCAGGAGAAAGUGAUAGUGGAGAGCAAGUGUUACAGUUUGCCAACAUUAUCCACUGUUACCACUCCACUUGAUUCUGUUAUGUCAUUAUAUGAGCACUCUCUUUCGUGGGAUGUUUUUAACAGCUAGUUAAUUUUACAAUCCUUAAAAUUAAGAAAAGUUGUUGCACUAUCAUUAUUGUGGGUUAAUAAAACAUUUAUUUUUUCAUUUAUUUGCGAAGUAAAAAAUAAAGUAAUAUAUAUUUAA